GUUUAUUCGAUGACUUUAUAACUUAUAGCAACCUGUUAACUGUCUGAACCAUUUUCUCGUGACAAGAUCCAGGAUGUCAAGUUUAGAAAGAGCAUCCGGUCAAGGACCUCCCCCUUUCGAGCCCCCAGUCGAAAUACUUUCUUCCCUCUCAGACUCAAUCCAAGCCGCUCUGGCCCGGUACGCCGCCGCCUCGACUGCCCAGGAGAAAACCUCAGCCCUCAAAGCCAUACAAUCCACCUCCUCAAAACUCUCUACCGCCACGUCCCCAAUUCAACAACGAUUCAUGGAACUAAACGCCCGCCCAUACCUCAACGUAACCGUCCGAAUAGCCCUAGAACUCAAUCUCUUCGAAGCCAUCCCCGCAUUCGGCCACCUCACCUUAAAAGAAUUAGCCAAAGAGAUCAACGCAAGCGAAGAAUUCAUCUUCCGCCUCGUGCGCGUCCUCGGCGCCUUCGAAAUCCUCGAAGUGACCUAUCCUCCACCAAACCAUCCACCAAACCAUCUCAUGUCUCUCGCGCACACACCGAUGUCCCGCCUCUUAAUCUCCCCAGCAGCAAAAGCAAGUUUCAGGAACCAUUUUGAGAUAUUGCUCCCUGCGCACCUUUCUUCCGCUCCUGGGUACUACCAUAAAUACGGGUUUAAGAGUCCAGAAGACUUGAAGAAUGUGCCGUUCACAUUCGCUCAUGGGGCUCAAGAUGAGGGUUUCUUUGAUCUUCUUGUGAAGGAUGAGAAUAAAUUCAAGCUUUUCAAUGAUGCGAUGGAGAUCAUGGCUGUCCUGGGCAUGAAGCCGCUAGGGAGUCUGUUUGCAUUUGAUAAACUUGUCUCUAAUGAAGAUGGAGUUGCGCUGGUGGAUAUUGGUGGAGGAAAGGGACAGAUGCUAAAAGCUAUUCAGGAGGCGUACCCGCACAUGAAAGGGAAGCUCGUGUUGGAGGACUUGAAGGCCGUGCUUGACGGGGGUGUGAUUGUUAGCGAGGAUGUAAAGUUGCAGACUUAUGAUUUCUUCAAGGAGGUUCAACCUAUCAAAGGAUCGAAUUACUUCCUGAAAUCCAUCAUCCACGACUGGCCUGACGAAGCUUGCCUGCAAAUUCUGUCCAACCUCGCACCGGCUAUGAGAGGCCAUCCCCAUUCCAAGCUCCUCAUCUGUGAACUAGUACUCCCGGACCAGUACCCAGAACCCGCAAAAGUCGUUCGGGAUAUUAUGAUGCUGUUUAUUGGUGGGCAGGAGAGGAACCUGUUUCAGUGGCAUGGGUUGCUGCAGAGGGCGGGCUUCAAAAUUGUGAAUGUUCACGGGGCUGGUGGUGAUAAUAGCAGCAUUAUUGAGGCCGUUCUAGACGAAUAGUCAAAGCCUAUUUGCAAUAUAUUAUGCAAUGAAACAUUGCUGUUAGUCGGCUUUCGCAGGCCCGCGUUAAUUUCUUUCCUUUGUCGUAGUUUCAGCCUCCAUACCAACACCCGGAAUGUAUUCUAUUGAGCAAUUGUAAACAGAAUACUUUU